GCAUCAACCGGAAACGUCUGUGUUGUGGCGGAAGGAGAUGCUUUCUGGGAGCAGCCGGUGCUGAAAGAAGCGUGGCGGGCAAAGAUGAUUCAGGCGAUUCUGGUUUUCAAUAACCACGGGAAACCGCGGCUGGUCCGCUUCUACCAGCGUUUCCCAGAAGAAAUUCAACAGCAGAUUGUUCGAGAGACCUUCCAUUUGGUUCUCAAGCGGGAUGACAACAUCUGUAACUUCUUGGAGGGCGGAAGUUUGAUUGGUGGCUCUGACUACAAACUGAUUUAUCGGCACUAUGCCACCCUCUACUUUGUAUUUUGUGUGGAUUCAUCAGAGAGCGAACUUGGGAUCUUGGACCUCAUCCAGGUUUUUGUGGAGACUCUGGAUAAAUGUUUCGAAAAUGUUUGUGAAUUGGAUUUGAUCUUCCAUAUGGAUAAGGUGCACUACAUCCUUCAGGAGGUGGUGAUGGGUGGAAUGGUGUUGGAAACAAACAUGAAUGAAAUCGUGGCUCAGAUUGAAGCUCAAAACAAGCUGGAGAAAUCGGAGGGUGGCCUUUCAGCAGCGCCUGCCCGGGCCGUGUCUGCUGUGAAGAAUAUCAACCUGCCAGAGAUGCCUCGGAACAUCAACAUUGGCGAUCUCAACAUCAAGGUCCCUAACCUGUCCCAGUUUGUCUGAGGGUGGAAGACAGCUGACCUGAGUCCUUGGAACCAGCAAGGCCAAGCCAGGCUGGCAACAGAACUCACCCUGCGCCCUGGAGGAGUCCGGCCUCGGGCCCUGGCCCCUGCUGUCCUGGAGCAGGGAGGAGUCCUGUGUCCACUGCCAGCCUGUGCUCUCUUCUCACAUGUGCAGCCUCACCUGCCUCUCAUACAUGCGGCCUCUCGGGUGUGAGGGGUCCUGGCUUCCUCAGUGGGGGUCAGGUGCCCAAGUCACUUGCCCCCUUACCUUCCACAUGCAACCACUCCCAGGCACUGGGGACUGGAGUGAGAGCCCCCCCACCCCAUUCCCAGAGCCCCACCACAAGGACAUUCUUUGAUUUGAGUGUUCAGCCCUAGCGCCCUGAGGUCCUGUAGCGCUGACUUUCCUGGUGAGGUGCCAGAGCUAGGAAAGGGCCGAUCCUCUAGAUUUGGGGAUGUGGUGAGUGGUAAACAGAGCCAUGAUUUUAUGAGAUCCAGAGUCGCCUACUGGCCCUCCUAGGGUUGUCACACCCAGAAUCCUUUUGUAUGGCCAUGCUUUCAGAACACCACCUCCCAUGGAACACCUUGCCCCACUGCCACAGUCCUGGCGCUGCUCUCAUAGCUGUUAGUGUGCAGGACACAAUCCAAAUCAUAAACUUGGUGCCUGCCCCCCACUCUUCUGCCAACAGGGAGACCACCCCCCACUGCAGCCAGAGGGGUCCUCCUCCCUGUGUCUGUAGAAGGCAAGUGGAACAUCUCAGAAUUACAACUCUUCCCAAGUAUAAAAUACAUAGUCCUCACGAGGAGCGGAUGCGUCAGUUGCUGUGUUAUGGAUGAGUCUUCUCUGUAUAGGAAGCCUGCUGCUGUCUAUACCAGCCUCUGGAGCACAAAUCUGAGCUCGGGUCACGUGUUCUGGACCUAGCACAGAGGAAGGCCGGGGAAAUGGGCAGUGUGCUGGCUGAGAUGGGUGGCAGUGUAGCAUCUUCUCCCCACUGAGCGAGGGGUCUAUCCCUGAGCACACAUAUGGGCCCCCCUGCUCCCCUCAAAUGACAGUCCCCUAGAGCUGGCUGUGGAAACCUGUAAGUGUUUAUGUAUAAUUAGAGUCUUUCUUCUUGUGGAUAACUUAGAGCUGAACUGCUCUUUGGGGUAGUGCCUCCCACUCCUGCACUGCCUCGGAGGCCAGGUCUCUGGUAUGGUGCUAAGCUGCCUUGAGAUUGGAGAGCAGCUUGAGAUUGGGGAGCUCCCUGCGCCAUCAUGUCAGGACUUCUUGUGCGUCCCAGCCGGUGGUCCAGGCUGUCCUCAGGCUUCCUGAUGGUAUCCCAGGGUCCAUCUGAGGUGGUGUGUGAGAGGACCAUGUGUCAGGACUACGUCUUUUCCUGCUUUGACACUGCUCCCUGUGGUUGGUGCCCUUUGCUACCUGUAGCCUCUUAUUCUCAUUCUUUCAGAACCUCUCUGAUAACCUUAGAGAUGGGCAGUGUUGGUCAGAAGGUAGGCCCUCCCAUGUUGGAAGAGGAAGUUGUAGGUAAAUAUAUCUGAUGUCAAAA